AGGCUGUUGUCAAAAGGCAGAACGGAGUAACGCUGCAGCCACCGAGGAACCAGCCUCAAUUCACGUCCACCUCAGGUUUUUGUACAUUUUCAGAGUCGUGUGCCCUGUUUUUUUUUAUAGUUUAAUCAAAUGUUUAAGUAACGUUCGCGUCUAAAGUGUGCUAACGUUAGUUUUUAUUUAAAUUCAGAAGUUUAUGGGCGCAAGCUAGCUUCCAGGGCUAAACUAACGACGGUUGUGGUGGGAGUAACAAUAUCUCGACUGCUUGAACGCCUUUGAACGUUUCUUUUAAAGACGCCGAAGAGUAGUUUAAUCCAAAAAUGAGUGCUGGUACCGCAAAGCCGGCGAAUCCGUCGACACAUGUCGACCCGAAAUCGGCACCUCUAAAGGAAAUCCCAGAUAUUCUGGUUGACUCACGCACCAUGAGAAGAUACACGAGGGGAAGGUUCCUUGGAAAAGGUGGUUUCGCGAAAUGCUACGAAAUCACAGAUGUGGAGACGAAGCAGGUUUUCGCUGGCAAAAUAGUGCCCAAAUCCCUGAUCCUGAAGCAGCACCAGAGGGAAAAGAUGACCUCGGAAAUCGCCAUUCACAAGAGCCUGAAUCACCCGAACAUCGUGGGCUUCCACGGCUUUUUCGAGGACGACGACUUUGUCUUUGUCGUCCUGGAAAUCUGCAGGAGAAGGUCUCUGCUGGAGCUGCACAAGCGCCGUAAGGCUGUCACUGAGCCCGAGGCUCGCUACUACAUGACCCAGCUGCUCAAAGGUGUCCACUACCUGCACAACAACAGAGUCAUCCACAGAGACCUGAAACUGGGCAACAUCUUCCUCAAUGAUGACAUGGAGGUCAAGAUAGGGGACUUUGGCUUGGCCACUAAGAUUGAGUUUGAUGGCGAGCGGAAGAAGACCUUGUGUGGAACACCCAACUACAUUGCACCUGAAGUGCUUUGUAAGAAAGGUCACAGCUAUGAAGUGGAUGUCUGGUCACUGGGAUGUAUAUUGUACACUUUGCUGGUGGGUAAACCCCCAUUCGAGACCUCCUGUCUGAAGGAGACCUACAACCGCAUCAAGAAAAACAACUACACCAUCCCUUGGCACAUCAACCCAGCUGCGUCUUCGCUCAUCAAGAGGAUGCUGCAUGCUGAUCCUGCCCAGAGGCCCACAAUUACUGAGCUACAAGCGGACGAAUUCUUCACAUCAGGCUACACUCCCCUACGUCUGCCCACUACUUGUCUCACUGUGCCCCCACGGUUCUCUAUUGCCCCCUCCACGGCCACAGAGCUCAGCCAGAGGCGCCCCCUGACUGCAAUAAACAACAAAGCAGGGACAGAGAAAGUGGAUGUGAAGGACGAGCCUGUGUCAAGGGAGGUUGAACCAUCAGAAAACCACCUGAAGGACAUGUUGCAGCAGCUCAACAGCAUCAUCGCCACCAAGCCCUCUGAGAAGGCAGUCAUUCGCCAAGAGGAGGCAGAGGAUCCUGCGUGCAUCCCCAUCUUCUGGAUCAGUAAAUGGGUAGACUACUCUGAUAAAUAUGGAUUGGGCUACCAGCUCUGUGACAACAGCGUGGGGGUUCUGUUCAACGAUUACACUCGUCUGAUCAUGUACGCUGACGGAGACAGUCUGCAGUACAUUGACAAGACGGCGGCUGAAUCCUACCUGAGCGUACGCUCAUUCCCUGCUUCUCUCAACAAGAAGAUAACUCUUCUGAAAUAUUUCCGCAAUUACAUGAGUGAACACCUGCUGAAGGCUGGUGCCAACAUGGCGCGUCGGGAAGGCGAUGAGCUGGCUCGGCUACCGUAUCUCUCCCUCUGGUUCAGAACAAAGAGUGCCAUCGUGCUGCACCUCACCAACGGCACAGUUCAGAUCAACUUCUUCCAGGACCACACUAAGCUGAUCCUGUGUCCACUGAUGGCUGCAGUGACCUACAUCGAUGAGAAACGAGAUUUCCGCACCUACAAGCUGUCUCUGCUGGAGGAGUUUGGCUGCACUAAGGAGCUGGCCAGCCGCAUUCGUUACGCCAAGCUCAUGGUAGAGAAACUGUUAGACAACAAGACUUCUGCUAAUUAAUCCAGCUUUUCCCAAGUUUUCUGUCUGCGACUCUCACAGGACAGGAUGCACAUUUUAAAAUCCAGUGUAUUUAAUUGAAGGGUCACCGUGUAAAUGCUUCGUUUAAUUCCAAUAUGAAAAUUACUCCAAUGUUGUACAAACUGAAUUUCAGUCUUUCAGCCACUCAUUUUUAUCUUUCUUUACUCCCGUUAAAAGAAAUCCACUCCAGCUCUUAUUUCAACCUUCUUAAUGAAGCCUUCUUUUGACAGACAUGUUCUUGCAGACAUAAUGGCUGACAGUUGACCGUUCAAAUUAGUUAGGGGACAAAAAGGUGAAUCUUCCCUUUGUUCAUAUUUAUAAUUUUGAACUUGAAACUAACUUCUCAAGGUUCUCUCUGCCUCUUUGUUUGAAUUUGUUCAUGCAUCAGUGAUACCUUUACAUCUAUAGCUGAGUGGAUAAAAUGUGUGCUGAGAGCUGUCUUUGUGGAAAGAAACUUCUCUGGUCUGCUUCUCUAGUUUGUCUGUUUUAUCUGUGUUGUAUGUAGAGAAAUGGACCAUGUUAUUUCAUCUUCAUCAUGUACAUUCUUCCUGUAGUCACAUUUUAUUCUUUUUAGAAGUCUAUCCUAAAUGUUUUCAACAACAUGUACAAACUUGUACAUAAUGCUGAAUAUGCAUACAUGUUGUAAAGAUGGUUUAAUUUUACCCAGGUUUAAAUAAAGACUCUUGAACAGUAUAAA